GGCGCCUUGCGCAGUAAAGGGACUGACAGUUACAGAUUUCUGCACUGUCCAGUGUUUUUUGUGUAUGUUUCUUGAUCAACCCUGUAUUCUCUAUGUAUUUGAAACAUGCUUGUUUGUAUAAACGUCGACAACAAUUAAAGAAGGUUAAAAGAAGAAUAACCUUGAAUCGUUUUGAUGCCAUACUCAGAUGCAAUUCUUUGAUCAUCAAAAUGGCGCGCCUUCGAUUCCCAGGUCGACCUAGGCAUAGAAUCGGGAAGAAUUAUGUAAAAUUUGCGUAUGAUGAUGUGAAAAUGAACAUGGAUGCUUGCAUGCAAGCUCAUAACAAAAUAGAAGUGGGAUUGAAACUCUUUUAUGAACUGUUUGGAUACUCGGAUGAGGAAGAAGAAUUUGAUGGCUUUGGUCCAGAAGAUCUUGCUCAAGCAGAUGCUAUUGUUGCUUUAAAAUUAAAACAAAAGCGAGCUCUACAUCGAUAUUUAGAAUCUAACCAAGAGCUUUCGUCAUCUGGAGCUUCUGAGAUUGAAAGGAUUUUGUCUUCCGAUUCUGAUUCAUCAAGUUCAUCAUCCUCACGUCAAAAGAAAGGCAUGAGAGAUGUAAUUAGGAAACCAUGUGACAAAUUAAUAAAGGGCAAGCUAGAAGAACCACAUAUUCAUAAUAAUAUCACAAAUCAUGAACAAUCAAAGCAGUGUAUAAAAUCUAAAUGCAAUGUAAAGAAAGCUCUUGAAACAUUUAACUCUCAGCCUGAACCUAGGCUCACUGGAAAAGAACUGCCUAAUUUACCUGCUCCAAAAACUGAGAAUCAUUCAAAAAUAGAUUCUGACUUGCAAGGUAAAUCAAAAGCAUCGAAAAAAAAGACUUUGCUUCGACAUCUUUUAGAAAAAACUAAACAUGAAGUAAAAGUUCGUCGAAGACGUAAGAGAAGCAUGAGGCCUAAUGUAAAAAAGAAAUUUCGAAAAAAUUUAAUGUAUAGUUCGAGAAACAAAUACUCCCCAAAUUUAAGGAAAACUGUUGCUGCAGAUCUUAACCCAUCAAGUCAAAUUCGACUAAGACAAAAAUCUUGGUCUACCAAAAUUGCUGACGCAAAAUCUGUUAUAACCAGUGAUCAAACUUCUAAUGCCACCAGCCUGCCGAAACCGGAAAUAACUAAAGUAGUUCAUUCAUCAAAAUCGAAACGCUCAUUAACUGUCGGGCGAAAGAGAUUUGUUUUACCUUCUAUGAGUGCUCGUUCAUCACGGAAAAUUAUUCCCAGAAGGAGAUAUAUGGAUGAAUAUGAUCAGCCACGUCAAAGAGCCUUAGAUGAGGAAAGCCAAGGUUCCAGAUCCUCUCUGAGUGGCAGUUCAGAAGCAAUCUCUGCAAUGGAUGGAGGAAGUAGUCCGGAUGAUUCACGAUUCUCAGAAGACGGGCGCAUUCUAAAUUCUAAAAAGAAAGUGGGAAUUUUAGACCGACCUUUGAUUGUGGAAGGUAAACGCCCAUGGAAGCCAAGUCUAAAAGUUCAAAUGAAAUUAUCUGAAAUGAAACUUGAUUAUCCAUUUGCUCUGAAGAAAAAUAUAGAUGGUAGUUCUGGUACUUCAUCUGGGUCAUUCAAAGAUAUCAUUAAACCAGAUAUGGUAAGUAAAUAUGCAGAAAAAAUGGCUCAAAAACCAAAAGAAAAACCUUUAAAGCUUGUGGAAAAUGUGAAAAAGAAUUUUCCUCUCAAUGCUAAGUCUGAACCUGAUGGAGGAGAUUGUGAUAACUCAGAUGCUCUAGAAGAUUCUAAGAAACCAGAAGAUAAACUGGAAAAGGUAGCUGCUAAAAUUGAAAAAUUAUUAAAAUCCCAGUGGGAAGGUCGACUCAAAGACUCGACUGUCAAACCAUCUACAAAUGUACCUCCAAAGUUUGAAUCUGAUGUUGUUCAUUGGAAAAAUGAGCAGCAGCAACAACUUUCUUGUAAUCAAAAGCGAACUAAAAGCCUUCUUCGAAAAGCUCGUUUGCAGCUUAAAAGAAGGAACUUAAACCUAAGAACAAGGCAAAGUGAUAAGCAAGCAAAUUUGAACGUAGCUGCUGAAAUCAAAGAUGUGAAUAGUCAAGUGUUUCCAAAGAAUUCUCAAAGCAUUCUUCCUAGUCUUUCUGUUUCAGAACAGAUGGAUGUGCCUUCUAAAAAUGUUCCACGUGCUUCAGUUGGAAACGAUUGUGCCUCUGCACCUGGUUGCAGCGUUUGUGGCUUUGCGAAAAUAUGCAGUCAAUCACAAAAGUUAUAUGAUCAAAUCACAUGUGAUCCUUGUAAUAAUUUUUUUGAAGGCUUUGCAAAGUCACCAAAGCAGUAUUUUUGUAUUAAAAAGGGUAAUUGCAAUAUUGACAGUUCUAAGGAAAAUGUAUCUAAAAGAGUUAUUAAUGCUAGAUGUAAAGCAUGCUGGUUGAAAGCUUGCAUGGAGAAAUUGACUGUGUCUACUUUAUUAAGAGAUCAAUUGAUUAAAUAUAUUCCACGUCUAGAUGCUCCUCCCCACAACCCAUUACUAACAGAUAAUGUUGCCUUCUUUCAAGAACCUAUAACUUUUAUGGAUUUGGCAAGAUCUGCUGAAGAAGAUAAAACUGUUGGUAAAAAUACUGGUGAUUCCAAAAUAGAUCAGAUCAAUUUUGUCUCAAGUGUACCAAAACCAUUUGAUACUUUUUCAAAUGCUGCUGAUGACAAAUCCAACAGUUGCAUUACAGGCGAGCAGCAUUCUUUUUCAAGUACAGAUUGUUCAGGAAAAGAUCUUCCUAUCAAAAAAGAAACUUCAUCCGAACUAUCUAAAUCUGCUUCAUUUGAUAAUAUUUCUACAAAUUAUAUGACAGACUUCAAUCAGAGAGCGAUUGAUGAAACUGAUAAAUUAAUCGACUCAAGAAAAUUAUCUUCUGCAACAGACUCAAGUUCUCUUGUUACACCAAUAAAUGGAACUAAUGUAACUGAAAAAAAUGCUGCAUCAUCCAUUGGUGUCAAUGAAGCAGUUGAAGAUGUUACUGUCCAAGAGGAGGCAAAACAAAAAGGACCAAGGAUAAAGCAUGUUUGUAGGAGAGCGGCUGUUGUUCUAGGUUUGCCAAGAGCAACUUUUUCAGAUGUUGGAGACACAAAAGAGCCGUUUUUCUUAAGUGCACUUCCUGAGGAAGAAAAACAGAAAAUAUUGGAAACGGUUCCACAGGAUGAAAAGCCAAAAGCCAUCGAAUGCUCAACUGAAGCUAAACCUGCUGUCAGUGUGAACAAGACCCCUAAGCAGCAAGGGAAGAAAAAACUUCACAAAGAUGUCAAAGUUAAAAACAGAGUUCAUUUAGACUUGUUGAAGAAGUCUUCUCUGCUCAUUCAAAAGGAACAGAAGAGGAGGAAAUUAUUAAUGAAGAAGUCAAUGAAACACUUGCAUAAACAUUCAUUCAAAAAAUCUUUGAAACUUAGCAGAAGAAGUGAGUUAAAAAAAACUUUAAAGUUUUCUUACAAAAGUGCAGUGAAAACUUCAGUAAAGAGUGAACCAAAAGUCGUACCCAAACGCCCUGCAAAAGUCAUAAAAUGUAGGAAGGUUCGUUGUAAACAAUGUGAAGGAUGUCUUGCUGAAGAUUGUGGGCAGUGUGCAUAUUGUUUGUUUCGAAGAUGCCUAAGGCCUGUAGCCCCUGCCUCAGAACGUAGGAGUACCAAAACUCCCCAGACUGAAAAUAUUGACAAAAGUAAGCCAUUUGGUGGGCAUUCUAGCUUUGGAGGCGAUGGUCCGUCUGGAAUCGGCACUUCUUUAACUUCAUCAUCUAGCUCUCCAUCAAGUCCUGAUGGCAGCAGUUGUGGUUCAAGCUGUAGUUCAUCAUCAACUACAUCUAGUUCUGGAAGCUCUGGAAGUAGCAGUUCAAGUUCUAGUGGGAGCAGUAGCAGCACUAGUUCAACCAGUAGCAGUGACAAUGUUACAGUGCCUGAUGGAGAUGUGAUGGGUGAUUCUUGUGCUGCUGUACCUUUUAUGCACAGUAUUGACUCAGAAUCGGUCAUUUUGCAAGAAUCUGAAUGCAUAGAUAAUAAUGUAGUUACAAAUCCCCUUUUUCCUGAUUCGGUUUAUGAUGAAAAUGAUUUUUCUUCUGAUUUGGAUGAAGCACUGUUGGAAGAAUUUGCUAUUAGUCAUGCCGAAGAUAUUGGUUCUGUUGAAAAUGAAUCUGUAUAUCGUGAAAAUGAUGACACAAUUCUAUAUGAAGAAACUUCUAGCAUAAUUGAAUUAAAAAAUGCAAGUUUUGCUCCCUCUCUGAUGUACAGUGCAUCUCUUGAUGAGAGCCAGAGUAACGUUUCUACAUCUACUUAUACCGGAUCUAAGAACCAAAACUCAAAACAAAGUGGAAGUGGCUAUAAAAAAUCCUUUUACAAUAAAGAUCAAGACCAAUAUGGAUCUGCUGGUUCAGGAGGUCAAGAUAGUAAUGAAGAAGAUGACGAUGAUGAAGAAGAUGAUUUUCAGAAAAAACACUUCAUAUAUGCUGAUUAUUGGUUCAAAGUUGGUGUCAAUGAAGCAGUUGAAGAUGUUACUGUCCAAGAGGAGGCAAAACAAAAAGGACCAAGGAUAAAGCAUGUUUGUAGGAGAGCGGCUGUUGUUCUAGGUUUGCCAAGAGCAACUUUUUCAGAUGUUGGAGACACAAAAGAGCCGUUUUUCUUAAGUGCACUUCCUGAGGAAGAAAAACAGAAAAUAUUGGAAACGGUUCCACAGGAUGAAAAGCCAAAAGCCAUCGAAUGCUCAACUGAAGCUAAACCUGCUGUCAGUGUGAACAAGACCCCUAAGCAGCAAGGGAAGAAAAAACUUCACAAAGAUGUCAAAGUUAAAAACAGAGUUCAUUUAGACUUGUUGAAGAAGUCUUCUCUGCUCAUUCAAAAGGAACAGAAGAGGAGGAAAUUAUUAAUGAAGAAGUCAAUGAAACACUUGCAUAAACAUUCAUUCAAAAAAUCUUUGAAACUUAGCAGAAGAAGUGAGUUAAAAAAAACUUUAAAGUUUUCUUACAAAAGUGCAGUGAAAACUUCAGUAAAGAGUGAACCAAAAGUCGUACCCAAACGCCCUGCAAAAGUCAUAAAAUGUAGGAAAGUUCGUUGUAAACAAUGUGAAGGAUGUCUUGCUGAAGAUUGUGGGCAGUGUGCAUAUUGUUUAGAUAAGAAGAAAUUUGGUGGUCCAAACCUCAUUAAACAAGCAUGCAUGUUUCGAAGAUGCCUAAGGCCUGUAGCCCCUGCCUCAGAACGUAGGAGUACCAAAACUCCCCAGACUGAAAAUAUUGACAAAAGUAAGCCAUUUGGUGGGCAUUCUAGCUUUGGAGGCGAUGGUCCGUCUGGAAUCGGCACUUCUUUAACUUCAUCAUCUAGCUCUCCAUCAAGUCCUGAUGGCAGCAGUUGUGGUUCAAGCUGUAGUUCAUCAUCAACUACAUCUAGUUCUGGAAGCUCUGGAAGUAGCAGUUCAAGUUCUAGUGGGAGCAGUAGCAGCACUAGUUCAACCAGUAGCAGUGACAAUGUUACAGUGCCUGAUGGAGAUGUGAUGGGUGAUUCUUGUGCUGCUGUACCUUUUAUGCACAGUAUUGACUCAGAAUCGGUCAUUUUGCAAGAAUCUGAAUGCAUAGAUAAUAAUGUAGUUACAAAUCCCCUUUUUCCUGAUUCGGUUUAUGAUGAAAAUGAUUUUUCUUCUGAUUUGGAUGAAGCACUGUUGGAAGAAUUUGCUAUUAGUCAUGCCGAAGAUAUUGGUUCUGUUGAAAAUGAAUCUGUAUAUCGUGAAAAUGAUGACACAAUUCUAUAUGAAGAAACUUCUAGCAUAAUUGAAUUAAAAAAUGCAAGUUUUGCUCCCUCUCUGAUGUACAGUGCAUCUCUUGAUGAGAGCCAGAGUAACGUUUCUACAUCUACUUAUACCGGAUCUAAGAACCAAAACUCAAAACAAAGUGGAAGUGGCUAUAAAAAAUCCUUUUACAAUAAAGAUCAAGACCAAUAUGGAUCUGCUGGUUCAGGAGGUCAAGAUAGUAAUGAAGAAGAUGACGAUGAUGAAGAAGAUGAUUUUCAGAAAAAACACUUCAUAUAUGCUGAUUAUUGGGAAAACUAUGAUUUUGACAAAAUUUCCUGCCAAGGUUUUGCUCUUAUAUCAUCUCAACAAAUACCACUUCAGUGUGUAUGUUACUUAUGUGGUAGUGCUGGGGAAGAAAAGUUGAUAUUUUGUGUUCUAUGCUGUGAACCAUACCAUACGUUUUGUCUAUCAGAAGAUGAUGUACCUCAUGAGGAAAAUAUUGAAAACUGGUGUUGUAAAAGAUGUCAGUGCUGUGCCGUGUGUGGUCUAAAGAAUAAUCUAUUAAAGUGUAGAAAAUGCCAGAAUGCUUACCAUGCUGAAUGUUUAGCCCCGCAGUACCCCACAAAGCCUUCAAGAAAAAAACGAAUUUGGAUGUGCCCAAAAUGUGUAAAAUGUAAAAGUUGUGGUACUACUUCACCAGCUUCUGGUGCUGGUUUAUUAUGGAAUUUUGAUUUACUUCUAUGUCAAUCCUGUGCAAAGUUAACUGAUAAAGGUAAUUACUGCCCAGUGUGUCAUAAAUGUUAUGAAGAAAAUGAUUAUGACUCAGAAAUGGUUCAAUGCUUCAAAUGUAGUAGAUGGGUCCAUGCAAAAUGUGAUAACAUGUCAGAUGAGGAUUACCAAGUUCUUUCAUGUUUGCCUGAAACUGUGGUAUACACGUGCAUUGAGUGUACUGUGGAACCUGUACCUUUAUGGAGAAAUGCAAUCAAAGAGUAUUUGAAAACAAAAUUGAGAAAUGUAUUCAACUCUCUUAUGGCAUCGAAGAGUAUUCAGCGAAUAAUUAGACAUGAUUCUGAUUAUAGGAAACUUAGUUAUGUUCCAAACAGUUCAGAGAUUCAUAAAAACAAGAAAUUGAAUAAAUCUUGCGAGAAAUUUAGUAUUUUUAGUGCCAUUGAAAAAGAUCCAAAGGAUUCUCGAUCUUCUUCUACCAGUGCUUCUUCACUUACACCAUUGGAAAAUUUGUGUGAACCUACAGAAAGUGGAAAGUCUGAAAUCGUGGCAACUAUUUCAGAUUUGAUCGGAAAAGUUGAAGCAAAUUCCUGCUCCUUGACAGAUCAGAAGCAUAUUGUUGAUUUUAUGCCAGUGAAAUAUAAAUUAGAGCGAGGAAGAUAUAAAAAUAUAGAAUUAAAGAAAACUUUUCCAUGGUUUAAACUACCUGUUGGGAAAUUGUGGAGAAGAAAAGUUGAUUUUCCUGAUGGAAUGCUUCCAAAUGCUGUUGUACCACCCAGUAUAGAUCAUACUUAUUCUCAGUACCUAGAAAGAACUGAUUUACUUUCUUCGUUGGAACUGUCAAGUGCAAUUUCUCUGUAUGAUAGUCGAUCAUGUGUGCUUUGUGGUUACACGGGAGAUAGUACAUCAAAAAAAUGUGGUCGGUUGUUGUAUUGUGGACAAGAUGAUUGGAUUCAUGUUAAUUGUGCUGUGUGGUCUGCUGAGGUAUUAGAGCAAGAGGAUGGGUCUUUACGUAAUGUGCAUCCAGCAAUAGCUAGAGGCAAAUUGAUGAGUUGUGAAUUCUGUAAUCAAAUGGGAGCCACUGUUGGCUGCUGUGUUAGGGGCUGUCCUGCAAAUUAUCAUUUUUACUGUGCAAGGAAGGAUGAAGCUAUGUUACAGGCAGAUCGUAAAGUCUUCUGCGCUCUUCAUAAAGACAAUGUUGAUGCUAAGAUAAUUAGAGAAAGUGAUUUUCCCAUGCUGCGUAGAAUUAAUGUAAGUCAAGCAAGCAUCGCUCCAAAAUGGGUUAAGAAAUUAUGGCAAUCACCUAUGGAUAAGGAUAAAAUUCAAGUUCUUAUUGGAUCAUUAAAAAUUACUAAAUUGGGACAUCUAACUGCUUUAUCCAAUGGCCAUGAAGUGUUGAUUCCUGUUAAUUAUGAAUGCACACGUAUAUUUUGGAGCACCAAAAAUCCAAGAAAAAGAGUAAAAUACAUGUGUCGAAUUGUAGAAAUGCUGCCAGAUAAUUAUCAGUGGGAACCACAUUCAACUACUCAUAAAACAAUUGUGCAUAGUGAAAAUUCUUGUAAAGAAGCAAGAAAGGUAGAUUCUGAAUUGGAUUCAAAUCAGGAUGUCCAGUUGGUACAAAUUUCUGAGAAACAAAAUUAUAGUUUAAUUGAAAAUAUUGUUUUAAAUGAUGUCAAAUUUGUUUUAAAUCGUUUAAUAAAAGCUGUUGUUAAGCAGUUUAAAAAGUCUAGGAAACAAGUUAAUUAUGUUCAUUCACAUGAUUUUAAGUAUAUAAAAAACGGAAAUGAUGAAAACAAUUGUGAUAAAUUAAAAACUAGCAAUACCUUGUGGUUAAAUGGGUUUUCUCCCUGUUGUAAAUCAGACAAAACAAAAAAUAGACAUUCUUCUUCUCAUGAUAAUCAACUGGAGUCACUCCUUGCAGCUUCAGAAAUAGAAAAUAAUAUUAGAAACUGUAAAAAUCAAGUUUUAAAUUCCAAUAAAUCAUCGCAAUUAAAUGCCAAUUCUAUUCUUUUAAAUUCAGAAAAAAAUGAAUUAAACUGUGAAAUAAAAAAAUAUAUUAAAGAAAAUGACUUCAAAAAAUUUAAUAAAUUGUUACAAUCAUAUGUUUUGAAUGGACAAAAUUUACAAGACUCGGAGAAGUUGAUGCACUUAAUUGCGGAAAAAGAAAUAACGAAAGAAAUUAUGGAGCGGUUCAUUCACCAAAAUAAAGGAUUAAAAGCAUUUCCUGAUAACAUGUUGCCAUUAUUAAAAUCUGUUCUCCCCCCAUGUUCUGUAAGGGAAACAGUUCUACCAGUAUUUAAUGUGGAUCCCAAAGAAAAUAGAAUGAAUGAAAGUUCUGGCUAUAGUUCAAAUGAUGACUCCCAUUUGAAGCAUUCAUCGAACAUUCGCUCUUGUACAGCUAAUAACAAUGAUGGUAAGCUGGAUUCUGCUGCAGAAAUGCCCGUACUUGAAAAAUGCAUGUUAACAACUAAAGAGAAUGAAUCGUUGUGGAAGAAAUUGAAAUUUAAUGGCAAAAAUGAUUUUGGAUUGAGAUGUAAUCAGCAAAAUGUUGUUUUAAAUUGUGACAAUACUACUAAAGCUGAUAACAUUGGACUAAAUUCCAUGCUUGAAGAUUCAAACAUUAAAAUUGCAAAUGGUAUUUCUCUCUCAGGACCAUUUAAAUGCCAUAAAUGCAAAAGGCUUUAUCGUACUGAGGACAGUUAUAAGAAGCAUUCUGAAGUAUGUAAUUUUUUCCUUGAUUCUUCAUCUGCUGAUGAAGAUUCAACUUCAUCGGAAAGUUCUGAGGAAACUUUUGAAAGUCUGAAAAAGAAUUUUAUUCUAAGUCAUAAUGAUGCUAAUGCUAUUGCAUCAGCAUGUAAUCUGGAGCCUAAAAAUGACAAUGCAAAUGUGAUGAAACAUCCUAACAGAACAGUUCCUUCUCAAAAUUCGUUGAAGGUUUCUGCUGAUUUGCUGAAAGAGCCAAAUGGUGUUGCAGCAGAAAAUUCAAGCAGUAAGAAGUCACAAUCAAGUUCAUUUUCUGCUCCACUGAAGUGUAAUGCCGCUGCCAAUCAAACUGAAAAUAGAAAUAAAAUAAUAGUGAAUCAGAAUAAAGUUAAUCACAAUUCUACAAAUCAUCAAAGCAAACAUCAAACUUUUACCGCAACUUCUCAAAAUCGGCAUAUUUUACCUCAAAAUCACAUGCAAAAUCAUACUUGGGACUCAAAAAGUAAUUUGCCUCAACGUCUUGAAAAUAACGUGUUGAUUGUUGAAGAACAAGGAAUGCCUUCACAUUUUCAGAUUCCAGAACAACCAGGUCCACAGUUUGAACAUACAGUGCAAGAUACAUUUGUCCAUAGUGUACCAAUGAAUGUAAAUAAUUUAUCAAUAGCUGCUGAAAAUAUUUCUAGUUAUAAUAUUGGGUACAGCAACACAGUUUGCAAUAACUCAGGACUAAUGCAGGUACCUUGCAAUACAUUAGUUAUUCCUCCACAGUCUGAUGGAAUGCAUCAACCUAGUUCUCUUAUUAGUCAAAUUCAAGUGCCACAGAAUAACUUUUUAACUGCUCCAGUUGAACUGACCCAAAAUUCACAGCUUUCAUAUGUUGGAUCUAUCACUAUUACUAAUAAUGAAACUAUGUCGCUAGCUGUCAAUGUGCCUGAUCAAAUUGUUCCAAUUUUUCCUUCCAAUAAUGUAAACUUUGGCCCUACUACCCUGAUACCAAGUCCCUUGCAAAUGCAACAAGCAACUGGAAUACAUCUGUCUACUGUAAAUGUUCAACAGAUAUCCUUACAAGGUUCAUUUGCAUCUAAUUCCUUAAACCCAUUCAUUUAUCCUCAGCAAACAGUUGCUAUUCCUCAAAAUCAGGUUAUGAUCCUUGAGGAACCAAUGUCUCACCCAACUCCACAACCAAACUACAUUUUUCAGGUUCCUGUUGGACAAACUCAAAAUUGUACAUUUCCAUCAAUUUUACCUCAGCAGCAACUGUCACAGCAAUUCACGAAUCAAAUCCCUUUCAAUUCUAUCUCACAAAAUCAAGUAAAUGGUAUAAGUAUUGGAAAUAACUCUUCUAACAUUAAGACAGAACACUUUGAGUCAUCCAGUGCCAUUCCAGUGCAACCUGAUGCAAGAUUAUCUUCUUAUUCAAACCACCUAGAGCCAAAACCUUACUUAACACAAAAUGAAACUAAUUGUGAAUCAAACAUAGUCUCCAGAGUGCAAUCGUUGGAAUCCCGAUUGUCACCUACUGACAGUGCUGCUAGUUCUACUGUUUCUAGUGAAAUGAUGACAAAUUAUAAUGAUCCUUCAGUAUCUUCAACAAAUAAUAAUAUUGUAAGUAUUUUGAAAAAAGCUGCAGAACAAAUGCUAAAUUUGUCUGCAGAAAUGUCUAAAAGAAAAGCACAGUCUAAAGAGAAAUCUUCAGAAGAGAAUACGGCUGAGAAAAAAACUCGCUUUGCUCAUACGCGGAAAGUUGCAGCUCGAACGGCUGAAAAAUUAAAGAAGAAAAGGGCAGUGUUGAAUGGUAAUGUUAAGGAGUCAUCUCAGCCAAAGACAAAAAGUCUGCACUUGAAUAUUGCUGCUCUUAAACCAGCCUUUACAAUUCCUAUUGUUCCUGUUACUAGUCUCAACAAAGAUAUUGUGUUUAAUUCAACUCAGCCUCCUGUUCUUGAAGGCCAGAAUGCUAAAGUGCUUGCUGCUACUUCUUGUCACCCAACACCUUAUGCAAAAACUUCAAAUGAUUUGGAGAAAGCUCUUUCUGAUUCUGAUUUGUAUUCCUUUGAUGAUGAUAAUGAAUCCAUUCUUUUGAAGAUACAUAUGAGAGAUAUGGAAUUAAAGACCAACAAUGCCUCCAAAACAAAGCCUUACAUUAUGUAUGAAAUUCAAAGUGAAGAUGGUUUUAAUGUGCAAUCAGAUAGUCUUAAAGAUGCAUGGAAAAAGGUGUAUGAGGAAUUACAAGAUGCUCGCAUUGCUGCUCAUAUGAAAAAUAUUUCUAUUGAUCCUGAAGAUAUUGAUGGCUUUCACAUGCUGGGCUUGGACAGCCCUGCAUUAACAUAUCUUUUGGAACAGUUGCCUGGAGCUGAAAAAUGUGCAGAUUACAAUUUUACUUUUCAUAAACCUGGAAAGGAUUUCUUUGAGUUACCUGAGAAUGCUUCAGGAUGUGCUCGGAGUGAAAUCUACACAACUCGGAGAGAAUAUGAUAUGUUCAGUUUCUUGGCGUCUGAGCAUCGUGAUAGGCCUAUUUUCUUGCCCCCGGAGGAGGAAGAAGAAGGUGCUCAAAAAUCAACUAGGAGAUCAACAAUUCUUGAUUUACCAAUUGCAAUGCGUUUUAAAAAUUUGAAAUCACUUGCAAGGGAAACUGUUGGAGUUUAUCGUUCUAGCAUUCAUGGACGAGGACUGUUUUGUAAACGCAACAUUGAUCCAGGAGAAUUGGUUAUUGAAUAUGCUGGUGAAGUUGUGAGAUCAGUGUUGACUGAUAAAAGAGAACGGAUAUAUCAAAGCAAGGGUAUUGGAUGUUAUAUGUUUCGAAUUGAUGAUGAUGAAGUAGUUGAUGCAACUAUGCAUGGAAAUGCUGCUAGGUUUAUCAAUCAUUCAUGUGAACCAAAUUGCUUUUCAAAAGUGAUAACUGUUGAUGGCAAAAAGCAUAUUGUGAUAUUUGCUCUUAGGAGGAUAAUCAAAGGUGAAGAACUGACUUAUGAUUACAAAUUUCCUUUUGAGGAAGAAAAAAUACCAUGUCAUUGCAACUCACGAAGGUGUCGCAAAUAUCUUAAUUGAGCUUUGAAGAUCUAAAGAUAUUUUCAAGACAUCUGUUGACUUUCUGUGAUAACUUUUAUAAAGAAUAUUAUCAAGACUUGAAUUUUAUUAUUUUUUCUAGAUGCUUAAAAGGUGCUGUUCCUUACUUAUGUAGAUAAUAUAUAGCAGCUUCAAAUUCUAUUUAUACGAAUUAAUGUAUAUACACUGUAAAAUCUCUUUUAACAAAUUGUAUAAAUUUAACAAUUUUAUAUUGGAUCAGAUUAUGUGACUUGUAAAUAUGUGUAUGAAUC